AUGGAAUCUUCUGAAACUGCGAAUUCCGUGGUGUUUCAGGCCCACUGCUGCGCCCGGUUGUUCAAGCAACAGCAAUGAUCCAAAAUGAAUUCGCCGUUGCCAGUAUAUAAAGGAUGGCGGGUGCUGUGUUAUAGACCGCAGAAAUGGCUUUCCUUUCCGUUCGAUCUUUGACACUCUUUUCUCUCCUCGCUCUUUUCUUCAACCUGGUGGAUGCAAGCCCCGUCUUGAAACGCGAAAGCCGUACUUCAGCGCCCUCGGGUGCUGUUGUUGUGAGAGCCAGUGGAGCGGCGUCCGGAGAAUACAGCACGGUGCAGGCCGCUGUGGACUCGCUUGCUGAUGAUGGGACAGACCAGGUUAUCUUCAUUUACGAAGGUACAUACACUGAGCAAGUCUACAUAGAUCGUGACGGCCAGACGACGAUCAUGGGCCAGACCUCUGAUACCAGUAGCUAUGCAAGCAACACGGUUACCAUUACUUAUUCGCUAUCUCUUGCGGAUGCGGAUGACGAUGAUUCGACUGGGACCCUGCGCGUCCAUAAGGACGACUUUGCACUAUACAACGUCAAUGUGAAAAACACGUUCGGUAAAGCUAGUACCGACGGUCAAGCACUGGCAUUGAGCGCUUACGGAACAAAUCAUGGUUACUACGGUGUAGGAUUCUACAGCUAUCAGGAUACAGUGCUUGCACAAACUGGUAAUCAAUUCUAUGGUUCCUGUUACAUUGAAGGAGCGGUCGACUACAUUUUCGGCCAAUAUGCACGAGCGUAUUUCCACCAGAACACAAUUGCUUCCGUAGGUGCUGGUGCGAUUACGGCUAACGGUCGUUCAUCGUCUGACGGAGUAAGCUUGUAUGUCAUCAAUGAAUCGACUAUCACUACUAGCAGCUCUGCGACGGCAUCUCUCGAAGGGCUAGUAUAUCUUGGACGCCCAUGGGGAGCAUAUGCUCGGGUCGUCUACACUUCUUGCUCACUCGGAGAUUUGAUCAACAGUGCUGGAUGGGAGGAAUGGUCAAGCAGCGAACCCAAUACUGAUGAUGUUACAUUUGCUGAAUAUAAUAGUUCAGGGGACGGAGCUUCUGGUACACGCGCAUCGUUUGCUACGACGCUGACUUCGACCAGCGGCUACACGAUAUCAGAUGUUUUGGGUAGUGAUUAUGCUGAUUGGGUAGAUAGCGAUUACUUGUAACCUGUUCAUCAUCAUGAAUUCAUGAGGGUGAUAUACGACUUAACUCAAUUGCUGACGCUAGUUCUUCCUUGUUAGGACACCUCU